AUGUCAGACUUUGACAAUCGUGUCACAUUAAACGUCGGUGGCAUUAGGCAUGAAACCUACAAGACGACUCUGAAGAAAAUUCCCGCCACGAGGUUGUCUCGUCUGACGGAGGCCCUUGCAAACUACGACCCCGUCCUCAAUGAAUAUUACUACGAUAGACACCCAGGCGUGUUUGCACAGAUCCUCAACUACUACAGAACGGGCAAACUCCACUACCCCACCGAUGUCUGUGGCCCUCUAUUCGAGGAAGAACUCGAGUUCUGGGGACUGGAUGCUAAUCAGGUAGAGCCAUGCUGCUGGAUGACUUAUACGACCCACCGUGAUACACAGGAAACACUGCAAACCCUGGAUAGACUCGACCUGGAUACCGACAAACCGACGGAAGAGGAAAUCAUGAAGAAGUUUGGAUUGGAUGAAGAAUUCAACUGCGGGAAUGAGUUGAGUUUCUGGUUAAGAGUGAAGCCAAAGAUAUGGGCUCUUUUUGACGAACCUUAUUCUUCAACAUUAGCUAAGUUGGUUGCCACCAUUUCCGUGUUUUUCAUCAUCGUCUCUAUCAUCUCAUUCUGCCUUAAAACACACACCUCCAUGCGUUGGCCGUUUGGUUGCACACACAGCUACAAAGACAACUCAAACUUGACCAAACCUCAUCUUUUAUUUUUUUACGUUGAGUGCAUUUGUAAUAUUUGGUUCACUUUCGAGCUCAUAAUAAGGUUUAUCGUCAGUCCAAAUAGGCUGGUUUUCAUAAGAACACUAGUCAAUAUAAUUGAUUUUGUGGCCAUUAUGUCUUUCUAUUUAGACUGUUUGAUGACGUUUUUACAGAAAGAAAAUGAAAUUUUAGAUUUCUUGAGCAUCGUUUGCAUAAUGAGGCUUUUCAAACUGACCCGACAUUCGCCUGGAUUAAAAAUUCUCAUACACACAUUCAAAGCAAGUGCACAUGAACUUAGCUUACUUGUAUUUUUUCUUGUUCUUUUCAUUGUCGUAUUUGCUUCCCUUGUUUAUUAUGCCGAGAGAACAGGAGUGAAUAAAGACAACAAUUUUUCUUCAAUCCCAGAAGGGCUUUGGUGGGCGAUAAUCACAAUGACGACAGUGGGCUAUGGUGACAUGACGCCAAAAACUUAUUUAGGAAUGUUUGUUGGAUCAAUUUGCGCUCUAACUGGUGUCCUCACUAUUGCACUUCCAGUUCCAGUCAUUGUUGGCAACUUCACACUUUUUUAUUCUCAUACGAAAGCAAGAGCUAAAUUGCCUAAAAAACGACGGCGUGUGUUGCCAGUUGAAGCUGUCAGACCAAAAAAUUUGCAAGCUGCAUUGAAGAGUUGCCCAGGUGGGCCGCUACCUUUUCAAAACUUAAGGUUGAACUCACCACCUCUGCUAUCGUUGAAACCCCCGACAUCAUUCAGCGGAAAUUUUGGAGCUAACUCGAAAGCCACCACGCCGACUAGCAAUGAUCAUUUAUUGACUGCUUCAAACAACGAUAACAAACACAAGCUAAGUUAG